AUGGGCCCUGCCUUGUCCGCCAACCUGGGGAUGAAACAAGAAAGGGAGACCAACCUUCCUGCUAGGGGUGAAAGCCUCUCCACAUCGGCCGUUACGACGGCACGACAGACCCGGACGAGCACAUUGACCUCUACACUACACAGGGCCUUUCCGACCUCGCUCAAAGGAGCCGCACUCAACUGGUACACUCAGCUACUCGCCGAAUCCAUUGACAACUUCGGCACUCUGGUUAGACGAUUCACAGUGCAGUAUGCAACGAGUCGACCUCACCACGUGACGUCGGCUGCUCUGGCCAGCCUCAGACAGGGAUACGAUGAACCACUACGGACGUUCAUGGAGCGCUUUGCCGGCAUCUCGGUGAAGAUUCAGAACCUGAAUCCCAAAGUCACUUUACACGCCAUGCUCAUGGCACUCAAGUCGGGACCGUUCGUCGACAGUCUGUGCCGAGAAGCCCCUCGUGACAUGGAUGAGCUCCGUGCCCGUGCUGCGGGCUACAUCCAGAUGGAGGAGCACUCCGCUUUUCGUGACUAG